AGGCCUCAUUGGGCCUGCUUCUGGAUUGUAGACAAUACGCAGUAACGAGCCCACCGGAUGUUGCUUCAGCCACUUUUGUUCCUACAGAAUUUUAUCUUUCCCUCUUGCCUGCCCCUCUUUCUUGUGUAGAUAGAUAGUCCUUUUCUGCUGUUUGUGUUUUGUUUGUUCUGUAUCUUAGGGCAAUUCUCUGUGGCUGUCAGCUAUUUCCAUAGCUUUUGACCUCCUCUCCCAGUCAGUUGGUCUGCCGUCUACUGUCUGCGUGGUUGUAAGCAGAAGCAGGCAAAGAGAAGUGUGGCCAGGCGUGAGCAAGCACUAAGCAGUCGCGCCGCGAUACAAGAACAUGUAUGUUGUCUUGCCCGGAGAUGAGGUAUUGGCAGAAACACUAGAUGUGGAUUAUGAGAAAGGUGAAUAAUUCUUGAUUAAUCUAUAAUAUGUCGCGACUCUCUCCCUCCUGACUGGUUACUGCUGAUGUGUUGAAUUGUGCCUUUGCAGACACAUUAUUCUAUGACACUAACUAAUUAAGCCUCCACCGGGCCUUAGCUUGUUCCACACAAUCUACAUACUUACACAUACUCCACUCGCCUUCAUCAAUCCAUCCUCUUCCUUCUCUCCUCUCAUUUUCUUCUCACCAUGCCACCGAAAAAGAUGUCGCUGGAAUCCGCACUAGACGAAGAGCGGCGCGAGAUUCUGGAUAUCCUCGAGGGUCGCCUCCGUCGCUCCCCCCAACAACAGCCUUCUAGAGCUCGCCAUGCCAGCCCCACGCCUCCAAUCAGGAGCAUGCUGGAUGUUGCUCCCGACCCAGCUUUACAGAGGCAUAACUCCAUCGCGGGCCCCAGUGCGAGCGUUGGCGUCACGACCCCUUCCUCCAGCAGCCGAUCAGCGCCCCCGGUGCGCAGCUUGCUCGAUCCUAUCUCACCAUCUCCUCUCCGUUUGACCCACAGUGCCGAAUCGCGGCCUACUGAAUAUGACCCUGCCACAACUUCCCCAAUACUCCCCACAUCUCCCACAUCUCCCAAAUCUCCCAAAUCUCCCAAAUCUCCCAAUUCUUCAAUAUCAUCAUCAACCCGCGAGGAGUCCCAUCCUCGUCGCUCGUCAGAACCCUCAGGCCACAGCGGUUCACUGCCCAGUCCAACCAGGAAGAAACAGGGCAUUGAGGAAUACCAAUUUGAAAUGCUGCCCAGUAUUCCAAACCAAGCCCUGCCGAAGCGGGUGGCGCAGGGCGGAAAGAAAUCUGCAACUCACACGAACAAUGCCGCACACACUAGCUCCAUGGUAGCUGUCAUGUCGGGGCAGGAAUUAGGCGGUCUACAUGGUUUCACAAGAGGGCGGGAUACAAUACGACACGGAGGCGCUGUAGGUGUCUCUGGGCGCCAUUCCAGGUCCCCUUCUGCACGGCUGGCGCGAUCUCGCUCGCCAGGCACUGGCCUGCUAAAUACAAACUCGUUUAACCCAAUGCCCGUUCCAGGAACAUUUGUUACGGAUACGGGCAAAGUUAUUCAUCUAGAUCACGCAUAUCGCCAAUUGUCGAAUGCAGCACUGUCAAGGUCUAGUGGCACAUUAUCCCGGUUCCGGAAAUCUCCUACAAGUCGAGAGCGUGGGGAGGAUGCGGUUUCAGAAUCCGGAGAUAGUCGACUCCAGGAGGACUAUUACUCUGGUGACGAGGCGGUUAGUGGAGAUAAUAGUAGCGGUGAUGAGAAUGAUAAUUCGAGCUCGGGCGAGGAAGAUUGGAGCGCUGAAAUACAACGCGGACGUCGACACGGUAGGAAGAAAUCUGAUUCGGAGGAGAAUGGCGUCAACAAGAGUGGUGGCCCGCAGCAAGUGCGGAGUCUUCUUGCUGCUGCUGACGAAGAACGUAAGAAGGUCUCAUCUACAUACAAGGUUAAAUCAUUACUCGAUCCAGUACCCGUGACCGCGAAAGCAGCUACAGAAAAACAUCUGCACAAAAAGACCGGCGUUGUCCACCCAACAACCAGCUUCGACUACGCAGGCUCAGGCGCAAACACCCCCGCUGGCUCAGACGAUGAAGCACAGUACAGCGACUUCAAAAAAGCCCAGAACCUCAGCAUCUACAUGUCCCCCAUCGACCAGUCCGUUCCCAACCGUGUAAUUCGUACCAUCGUCCGCGGCGAGUUUACACGCGUGCAGGAAGAAGCGGAACAGAACGGCCGCAUGCGAUUACGCACGUACCUCGUCGCGACGGAUCUUAGCGACGAGUCCGUCUACGCGCUGGAAUGGACGAUUGGCACCAUCCUCCGCGAUGGCGACACGCUCUAUGCCGUCUAUGCUAUUGACGAAGAGACCGGGUCUGGGUCUGGCGCUGGAAAAGGUGAACCAGAUUCCUCGUCGUCGGUGCAGAUUGGCGAUGGGCUUAAGGCGAUGCUGGAUGCGGCUGCCGUUGUUGGAUCGCAGACGAAGAAGACGGCGGAAAAUUUGACAAAGGCGUCGCCGUUGCCUUCGGCGAAUACGUCGUCGACUCAGAUUAGUGGAGGGAGCGGGGGUGGUGGUGGAACUGACAGCAAACCCGGCUCUGCAGAUUCGCGGGCUGUGUCCAAAGACGAGGCGGAGAGGUUUCGAGCUAUCGAGGGGAUUUCGCAGACGGUUGUGCGGUUGUUGAGGAAGACGAAGUUACAGGUUCGGGUUGCUGUUGAAGUUAUUCAUUGUAAUAGUCCGAAGCAUCUGAUUACUGAAGCUAUUGAUGGAUUGGAACCUACACUGGUAAUUCUGGGAUCAAGAGGCCGCAGCGCGCUUAAAGGCGUCCUCCUCGGGUCCUUCUCAAAUUACCUCGUCACCAAAUCCUCCGUGCCCGUGAUGGUCGCGCGGAAGAAGUUGAAGAAACAUGCGAAAUUCAAGCCGGCGAAUGUACGCUUGCUGAAUAAUCUUACAACGCCGAAGAAGCUGGUGUAUGCGAAGAUUGAUUGAUUGAUAAUUUCUUUUCUUUUCUUUUCUUUUCUUUUCUUUUUUUUUUUUUUCUUUGUGAUUUUUCUGAUUCCGAUGUUUGUUAAUUCAUCCAGGGUGUGGGUAUUUCUAUAUACUGAUUUUUUCUUUUGUCUUUGCCUUUUCCUUCGGUUCGGGGUAUUUUCCCCUGACUUGCCCUCUGGGCUUUGUGGCCUUUUUGCGUAAACCCCAUUGCAUGCAUAGUUGAGCUGGUUUGGGUUUGGGUUUGGGUGGGUUUUGUCAGGUUUCUUUUCGCGUUUCUUUUCUUUCUUGACUGACUGGGAUAGUUACCUCUCUGGUAUUCUUUUCGUCUUUUUCUUUUUCUUUUUCUUUUUCUUUUUCUUUUUCUUUUUCUUUUUUUUUUUUAUGUAAGUGUUCCCUGGUAUUACUCUUUUCCUUUUAAUUCUUGUCUUUCUCAUGGGAGAUGCAGAGAUGAAAAAGAAUUGAGUUCCUUCCUCAUAACUUGAUGAAAGUUAUAGUUAACUAACUCUUAUGCAUAAUUACAAAUGCUCUACACCGAGUGAAUAUUGAUAGCCUUCUUUGAAAUAUCCUCGAAAUAUUCCCCUGAGCUAUCUAACCCGUGGAUAUUCUCUACAAUUUAUAUAACAACAGAUCUCAGAUCUGAGAUUAUACAAAUUAUCUUCUUCACUGUCUCUGCUGAUUUCCGUCCCCCUCUCUCUCUGUGUGUAUGAAAUAGCAAGCGAUACAGUAGGCGUUAAUAGAAUCAAAAUCACACAUCUGCUCUUUGAUCAUUUCUCAUUCUCAUUCAGCGUUUGUAGAAAAUGAGUACAUCUAAGCAGAAUAAUUAAAACUAUAUAGAUAGUCUUUCAUUCACAUACAUCU